AAUAUUUUCUUUUUCCUUUGGUUUGGCUUUAAUUCAGAGAGCACUAUAAAUACACAACUUUUCUAAAGAUUCAAAGCACACCCCUUUUUUACGACCUCAACUAACAUCGAUCGCAAUAUACAUUUCAUUCUUCGUUCAUUGCUUUGUUAUUUACAAUGGGUCCGCCACAAUUCGCCUUCUCCUUCCUUUGCUCCGCCAUUUUCCUUCUCUUAGGAAGUGGAGUGGUAGAAAGCACAUCGCGCCACCAUCACCACCACCACCGGCGCCACGAAAAGCUGUUUGUGUUCGGAGAUUCCUAUGCGGAUACAGGAAAUAACAGAAUAUCAAACGGCCAAUCAUGGAAAAUUCCAUAUGGUAUCACAUUUCCUGGCAAACCUUCAGGCCGAUUUUCGGAUGGUCGUGUUUUCACUGAUUAUCUUGCUAAAUCUUUAAGAAUAAGGUCACCAGUAGCCUACAAAUUUAGAAGAUAUGCAAACAACCAUUUGAAAAAUGGAAUGAACUUUGCUUACGGAGGCACUGGUGUUUUUGAUACAACGGCGCCUUACCCUAACAUGACAACCCAAAUCGAUUUCUUCGAACGUCUUCUAAACGAAGACACUUUCACACCUUCCGACCUUCAACACUCCAUUGCUCAUGUUAGUCUUGUUGGUAAUGACUACUCAGCCUUCCUUGCUAGAGGUGGUACCAAUCAGGGUUUACAAACGUUUAUCCCACAAGUGGUAAGUCAAUUAGUGGUUGAUAUUCAACGCAUCAAGAAUUUAGGAGUGAAGAAAAUAUCAGUGACAGCAUUACAACCUUUGGGAUGUUUACCUCGUAGCACAAAAGAAAAUUCAUUCCAAAGGUGCAAUGAAACUUUCAACAAGGCUGUUAUGUUCCAUAAUCUCUUAUUAGAACAAGCAGUUACCAAGUUAAACAAUGAAACUACUCAAGAUCAUGGCUCCCCUGUUGUCAUAAUCGAUUUAUACAACGCCUUUUUAUCGAUCUUCCAAGAAAAAGGAACUCAACAAGGAAAUUCAAAUCUUGACAAUUUAAUGAAGCCAUGUUGCACGGGAAUUAAUCAAAAUUACUAUUGUGGAAGUGUUGAUGAUAAGGGCAAUAAGAUGUACACAGUAUGCCAAGACCCAAAGUCUUACUUCUUCUGGGAUGAAGUACACCCAACGCAAGCCGGUUGGGAGGCUCUAACUCGUUCCACGACGUUACAGGCUAACCUUAAUGACCUACAAAAUUAGUUAGCUAGCUGCUACCUAAGGUUGGUUCAUCGGUGCCAUGGAGAAUGGUCAAUAAUGUUCCUAAGAAUAAACUUGUACUAGUGGUUGUAAAAAUUGCAUGUAUUUUGUGUAAGUUUUGUGUCUUUGUAGGUUAAUGUCCUUAUUAGCUUAAUGUGAUUCUUUGUUUGUUUUUAAUUGAUUUGCUAUCACAUCUAUUGUUGUGGGAUAAUCGCAUAAAUUAUAAUUUUAAUAUGUGCCUUCUCUACUUCAAACGCAAAUUUGUGAUUAGUGAUGUAAAAAGAAUGGAUUAAUAAGCUAAGAUAUGAAAGUUGAAUAAUGGGUAUUGAUCAAUAGACAA